UGUCAUGAUCAGCUCAAAGUACGGUGCACAUGUGUAUUUAUCAGCUAUUUAAGAUAAUUUAUACAUUUUGUCAGUUUGACUAGUCGUCACUUGCGUUUUCUACUACCAUUACGGAUAAUAUAGUUAUGCAAUUUUCUCGCCUAACCGUGUUUUAAUAAAGUAUUUUAUAAUAAAUUUGUGAAAUGUCUGCCUUUAUAACUGUUGAUAAAGAGGAUCCGCUUGUGGAUGAAGUGAUCAAAAUCAUUAUUAAAGGUCUACAGAAAAAUCAACACGUGACUGUCAGAGCGGAGGUCGUUGAGAAAGACCAAGUCUUUGCCGGAAGUGGAAGUUUUGUAGCAGACGACAACGGUACAGUUGAUAUUUCAGAACAGCCAUCGACAUGUGGAACGUACAAAGGUGUUUCGUCUAUGGGCUUGUUUUGGAGCAUUCGCAGUUCUCCCAGUAUGCCACAAGGUCUUAAACUAGUCAAAAGGAAUGCAUCGUCAGCAUUACUCACUGAAUUAACAGUAUUCCCUGGUCAAUUAACAUUUGAACAAACAUACAACAGCAAUGUAAAGCCGAUGUUGCAAAAGACAAUGAGAAGAUGGUACAUGGCCAGAGGUGUUCAAAAAAUUCCAGUCCGAAGUGGUCGAAUAAGAGGCACAUUAUUUCUGCCGCCAGGUAGAGGUCCUUUUCCUGGUAUCAUCGAUCUAUUUGGCAUGACUGGGGGAUGUGUAGAAUACAGAGCAGCCCUGUUAGCUUCCAGAGGGUUCGCAGCUAUUCAUUUGCCAUACUUCUUAUACGACGACUUGGCGAAGGAUUUAAGUGAACUUGAAUUGGAAUAUUUUAUGGAAACCGUUGACUGGUUAUCAGCUCACCCCCAUGUUGACGGGAACAAUUUAGGUAUUAUAGGGGUAUCAAAGGGUGGUGAAAUCGCUCUGCAGAUGGCAUAUUACAGCAAUAAGAUAAAAUCAGUGGUGUCGAUCAAUGGUGCUCCAUUCUUAACUGUAAUGCCAAUGACGUACAGGGGAGAAAACAUAGGAGAAUCAAUUUUCAACAAAAAUGAUUACACUGAAACUGAAGAAGGAAUUGACUCUCGGAACAGCAUGGACUGUGAUAUAGAAAAUUAUCUUCCGAUUUGGGAACGAGACGUUCAUGUGUUACUUAUAAGCGGUACGGAUGAUAUGACCUUAAAGACAAAAUUUCUUCCUAACUUGUUUAAAUGUUACCCUGAAAAGAGAAAACAUCUCUGUGAAUUACUCGUGUAUCCUGGUGCAGGGCACCUGAUUGAACCGCCAUAUGCUUCGUUCGCUAGGUCAUCUGUCAAACAUAACAGAGGAGUGGGUGGGGAUCAUGGUCGUGCACUAAUGCUAUGGGGUGGAGAGACAGUGGCGCAUGCGCACGCACAAGAGGAUUCCUGGAAACAUAUUUUGAGACAUUUCCGAACAACUUUGUCCAUAACGCCGACAGUUUUACAACGAAAUACCACAAAUAGCAAACUAUGACAUACCUUUAAUACAAACCUAUUUUUACUUCUUAUUGGUAAAAGUCAUUCUCAAUACGUUGUGAAAUCACCGAAAUAAUGAUUUUGUGAUGAGGAUAUCAAACAAUACUGGUCAUACCAUACAUCUGCUUGAUAUAUGUUUCACAUUUUGUCAAUUCCGUUUAAAUAGUGUUACGUUUUUCUAGUCCUGUUAAUUAACAUCUGUGUUGGUCUUGUUUGCAAAGGCGGACAAAUCAUUUAUUUUCUAAAUACAUUUUUACAACGAAAGAAACUGAAGAAAAGUUCAAAUAAGCUUCAAGUUGUCUUCAACAUUUGGAUGAAAUUUUAAAGUGUUAUUAACAUGCGUUUUUAUAUUGUCCCUGAAACCAAUCCUUGGAUAGUCGUAAGGUCGAGGGGUACUCAGACAGUUCAGUGUUGUCAUACCGGUCCAUUUUACCACUGAUUUUCAAAUUUGAGAUUGAAUUACAAGUUCAGUCUGAAAAAUCAAAACCAUUCAAUAUAAGUACCUGGAGAACGGUAUGCUAAAAAUUUGACGUCGUGAAAAACAAAUUCUGUAUCGGAGCUGACAACAAGAAACUCUUUGAAGCCCGGUUGUUACAUCCUUAUGUUAGCGUGUGAUAGGAAUAAGUAGGCCUACAACUUAUGAUUUUUUUUUCAGAUAUCUCUUUUAUAAUUUCAAAAAAGGUAAAAAAGCAACAUUAUUA